AUGAGCUCAAGCUCCUACUCAUCACUCAACGAUUCUCAGCCGUCCACCCCUCUCGACUUGGAAGUAGUAUCCGUAUCGACACCUACGUUUACUCUAGAGUGUGACAAUAGCCCAGCAUUGCCCGUCUGGAAGUCUGUCAACAAAUCGCUACCCAUUGUUGAUAAUGAGAUACCAGUAGAAGCCGUAAAAGAUAUUGCAUCUAAUGAACAGCUAAGCGAUCUAUUAGUCAACAAGUUAGCUCAGCCUUUAGUUACAAUCAAAAAACGCAAUGGUAUUACAUCAAGAAAGGAGAGCUUAGCCAAACCUGUUAAGCAACCAGACAAUGAGUCAAUCCGGAUGACGCGCGACCAGUUCAGAAGUACUACACCAUUGCCAGAUGAAGCAUUGUGUGAUCCGGUACACAUAAAUUGUCAUCACUCUUUUGGUAACCUUGGUCAUUCGCACGCAUUGGUUACAACUAGUAGCGCGAAUGGAAUCACUAAGCAUACAGGAACGCCGUCUAACCUUACUAGUCAUGGUCCUACUAGUAUAGAUACUCACAUAUCUAAUACACAUGCUAAGCGGACUAUAAGUAAUGAUUUAACCUAUAAGGAAGCAGCUCCUAGGACAAUUAGCGGAUUAUCAAUUUCUCAAGCUAGUCAUUCACCGGACAAAUUCCACGAUGCAACUGAUCCAUUUUCAUCCAUGAUAACUAAACAAGCAAUCGACGCUUCGCAUAACGAUGUGGUACACACCUCAAGCAGUAUUAGGCGAACAAAGGAAGAAGAUUUAGCUAGUUGCUUACCUAGACAGUCGCAAUCUAAGCCAUGCUUAAAUCAAGACCUAUUGACUAACGCUGAAACAGUUUCAACUCUCAUCUCUAUUCAUAGAGAAUCACAGCUGAAGCCGAAUCCUAUGAUUAGCCUAGACCCCUUGUCUAAUUCGUGCGAUGAUACCAAUACAGGUUACUUAAGUAAACUGUCAGCUAGCGUCGAACCCAAAGCAUUAGACAAAGGUCUGUUGGCUCAUGAAUUGCCGGAUAAGGAACAAUCCCUGGUCACUAGUCAGCAACGCUUACUUGAAUUUGCGCCCAAAUCUUUGGUCACAAGCUCCCUGCUUGACGCCUCAGAGAAUUCAACCGAUGCAUUAGUCAAGAUACAUGCGUCAGACGUAAGAAACAAACCCGCUCAAAUUUCUCCAAAAGCAACGCAAUUGAUCCAAGGGUCCCUGGACCAAUCGUACUCAACAGCCAAUACUAUGCUGCCACAGAUUGGUAAUACUAUUGACACUCACCUGAAUACAGCAGAACAGCUUAUUCAUGAGUCGGCUCUACCCUUGCUAUCAAUUAGUCAAACAGAUCGUACUGUAACGAGCAAUAGUAACAAUAUGGUCGAGAUUCCUUCAAGUCCUAAACCACUAAUAGACGCGAAGCCUUUGAUUAGUCAAGAUACUUUGUCAGUCUCUUACGGAAACCUAAGUGUCGAAUAUCUAGAUAGCUUAGAGCAAUCUUCGGAAGCUUAUAAGCCACAUUCAAAUGCAAUUGCGCCGCAAGGUUUGGCUGAACAAUCAGUACUUAGUACCUUAGAAGGAUCAAGUAUUGGUAUUACUUCGGACCUAUAUACAAAUACUAAGGAAGAAGCUACUUCUAAGACUGACGCGCCGUACACACCACUUAGUCAGCAAGAGCAUGGUGAGACGGCAACGAGUAUUUGCAGCAAAACAUCGGGAAAUUGUCCAGAUUUUCAACCACUGGAAGUCGAUUUAUCGCCAGAUAUGCAGGACUGGCUAGUUGAAACUAUCCGUGAAAUUCAGCAAAUAAUGGAUAUAUACGCCGAUUCUACCGACUCGCAUAUAUCUACUGUCGAUUCAGCUGCUAUUAAGAUUGAACGUGAUUUAGCUUUAGACUCGACUAGACCGCCCGGUCCGGAACAUCCAGUAUCGACAAUAUUGCCUGACGAAUCAAGCAAGUCGGCCCAGCAAAUACCUAAGCUUAGCGCUUCAAUGAAGAGUUCGGAAUCUUUGUCUCUGUGUAACAACAGUCACACGACUAGACUUGUCAAUGAUCUAUUACUACCAGCGCAAUCAUCUGUAAGGAUCUUUGAGUCUGAAGCAAGCAAACAAUCUUUAUUGGUGGAUAAAAUUGACAUGGGCAAGAACAACACUAUUCAGAGCGCGCUACAAGCGACACCGUCACGUGAUCCUUACUCAGCAUUGUCUGAAACAAUUUGUGGCUCUGAAUCGACUGAAACAAGUGCAGCCAACUAUGCUACCACUAACACUAGUAUAUUCAAGGACGUUUCAAUCAAUAGUGUAGAAGGAAGCGUGACUAUUAGUUCAAUUGAUUCAUCGGCAUCAUCUGUAAGUACAAUCGAUAUCGAACCAUCGACGCAAGUCUCGAGCGAGCCACCGGAGAGCUUGCAUGAUCAAAUGAACCAUAAGACACCUACGCCAAGCUUUGAUACCGGGUGUAUCAGCUCUGAGUUACAAAAUGAACACAUUGGUUCGCACUCCGAGCAGCUAAGGAAUUUGAUCAGCGAACAGACGCUAGUACAUAUCAGUGAAGAACCAAACAGUGCUCAUACGAGCUUACCUAUUAUACUUGCGAACAUGGAAGGUCCUAACUCGUUUCAUGAAUACAACUCAUUGGGUACACCGGUAAUAUUAGUCCCAAGCAUUAGCGUUGCUGCAAACACCGCAUUUGAAUCUCUAGCGCCGUCGGAAAUUAGAAUUCUAAGUCCCGACUACCAGCCUAUGGCCCUAUGCAUAAGCGCCGAGUCAAGCGCCGAGUCAAGCGCCGAGUCAAGCGCCGUUGACACUGAGCUCCGAAUCGUAUUACCUGAGAAAUCAGCUAAUGACGAACCAGUUAUUAGUCAAGCAGAGUUAGUUUCAGAUCUUGGAAUUAAUUGUCUAGUACCAGAAGAGCCGACUACACCAAGCAGAGGUGAUAAUAUCGAUCAAAUAAGUAUUUAUUCAUCAAUAUCUACUGACGAAGGACUCCCGUCGCCGGCAAUCAAUACAAGGAGUCUAGACAAUUCAUCAGAAUCAGAUAUAAGGGUUGAAACACCUAUCUCGCAAGGCUCCGAACUACCUUCGACACCGAUAUCUGGGAUGUCGAGCUCGACAAUGCAUUUGUUCACUAAGCAGACCGAUCCGGAAUGCUCACUACCGCCUGAUAAGCUUACACCAUAUGAGUCGGUUGCGAGUAAGGUGCUCAAGCUAGGAAACAGGAAUGACGACACGUUAGCUGCGACUCCAUUAAGCAAACAUCUAUGCCAAUACGAACCUUUAGAUGGUCAGUUGGAUAUGUCGACAACCCUCUUGUACGAAUACAAUCAGGAGUCGGAACGUAAACACUCGACUUACAAGCCGGAAGCUAUCGAGCCCGACGAACCAGAUACUAAUCUUUGUAUUAGCUCACUAGAUACACAAGCAUCUGGCACAGCGGAGGAACAGGCACUGCAGCAUAUAACCGGUCCGUCCUACCAAGACAACUUUACCUUUACAGUUAGGAGCGCCGCAGCACGAACAUCACGGCUGUCUCGAUCGCCUGUAAGGUCCAGCUCAAGACGAAGUACUAGCCGAGCGUUCGGCACUGCGAAGAAUUUAAGGUCGAAUAGAGUCAGUAGUUCAACCGCGUCUAAGGCACGACGAAAUAGGAAUACAUCACCUACUCACGUAAGGAGCCGAUUAGCCAGCUCGCGCAGAUUCAGCGAAUCGUCUCAGGAUGAAACGUUGCAAGCUUCCGUUAGCAAUCGAUAUAGUCAUAAAUGCGACCGAGGAGACUCGCCUUGUGCCCAUGAAUCAAAUCAGAGCUCCAACGAAGACCAACAUCCUCAACAAAGGACAAGGAACGAUCCUCUGGAUCCACCUGACGAAUCAGGAGAUGAGUAUAGUGACGUACCUAUAAGGAAUCCUAUACGCGCACGAUCUUUCAGACCUAAGCCCGUGCACUUUGAUCCUAAACUUGAGCCGGAUAACAUUCCAGAAUGGAAUGGCAAUACUAGCGAAUUACCCAGAUGGAUCAUAUCCAUCAAUAAUUUAGCUGAAUACGGUAUCUAUGCACGCAUACAGUUAGGACGACAAGUACCAUUGAGACUCACAGGUCGAGCGCUAAGAUGGUUUAACGCACUAGAUAAGACUUAUCGACAAAGCAUUACCACUGAUUGGCCAAGUUUAAGACGCGCAAUAACAAUACACUUCAUGAAUCGAUCGCUGAUAGACAGAAAUAAGGCCGAAGCUCUUCAAGCCGGAUUCAGAGACAGAGAUAACCCGUAUGAAACACCGGUAGACUACAUUGUUUGGAAGGCCGAAACGCUUACUCUAUUUAGCAAUUGGACCAAAUCUGAACUAAUUACGGAGAUCAUGAACAGCGCUCCUGAACAUUGGUCAUUGUAUAUAGAUACAUCUGUAGGAACUACAUGGGACGACUUCUUGGACAAAGUUGCAUGGCAUGAAGACCGCUUGCUGAGACAUGAUAAUAAUAUAUCUCAGGACAUACAGAAGCAGCUCGACGAAAUGAAAGAAAUUCUGAAAAAUAUCGAAAUUCAACCGGAUUCCAACGUCAAGACGAAUCGCUCCAGUCAAGGGGAUUACAAAGAGUUAAGCAACAACGAGAAUACGAGUGACAACGAGUCUGAAAUCAACGAAAAAGCCUCUACUCAAGACUCCUACCAAACCCUUCGAUCCUUCACAGCGUUAGUGCGCCCAUGCACUCCCGAGCCAAUACCAGCUAGAAAGUCAAUCGAAGAAGACGUUAGUAGUCAACAGAGUUUGGACUGGAAGUCCAGCCAGGAGCGAUUAACAAUAGAAUUAGCUAAACUGAAUGAGCAAUUGAAUGAGCUAUUAACACCGCAAACGUUGCCUGCUAUAGCGGAACUACCUAAAGGCGAUAGGAAAGAAAUCCCUACGGACUGUAAUGCGUCAGCAGGUACCAGCGCAUUUAUGGGACGGAAUCAAGCAGUGGAAUCACCUCUGCGCAAGACACUUCCCCAGUCAAAGGCAGACCUACCGUAUAUCAGCCCGGCAAACCCAAGGUCACACGGAACAACUCACAGGCGUAACCACUUAUAUCCAGGGAAAAUGCAACAGCCUCUGGACAAGUUAACAUAUUGGUCAGGACAACGUACCAUUAUCAAUUUAAUAGAUGUUCCAUGUUCAGAUAUCAUCAAAGCGCCUUUGUACAAACUCAGAAGACGUCCUAAUAGAUAUCAGCAAGACCUAGUGAUCAAUCAAUGGUCUAAGAGCUUAGCGGAAAUGUUAAGGGAACAAGAAUACAUGAAACUAGGAGAUAAAUGCACCUACCAGCACCCUAUUCAAUGGCUGGGACGCGACUUAAGUAGCAAACCAAAGAAACAACUCAAGAGUGCACCAGAUUUAAGAUUAAGAUCAAAAUCACUCAAAGGAACCAUUAAAGAUAAUCCACUCUAA